CAGAUCCUCGGUACACAUGCGCGGCGAGAAAACAUCUAUAUAAGAAUGUCUAAAGCUCAAUUUCCAACCAUCCAACCAUUUUCAAGGACGGACAUGGACAUGGUCAUGCGCUCCUCUCAACCAUUUCCAAGCAUCGACAUGGAUCUCCGGCUCUACGAGGCAUCUCUGCGUGGCGACGUUCCUGCCUUCAUCAAUCUCAUCCAUGAAAACAUGACCAUCCUCGAACAAACAACACCUCGAUCAUCAAACACCGGGUUGCACCUUGUAUCGAGGUGUGGGCAUAUCAAAUUAGCAGCAGAAAUGAUCAGAUUACGGCCUCAGAUGGUGGCAGCAAAGAACGACGCCGGAGAGACUCCACUGCAUGUCGCAUGUCGUGAAGGGCACGUUGAGAUGUUGGUGCUAUUGCUGGCUGCUGAUCCUCAGGCAGCUUAUAAGCUCAACCGUGAGAACCAGAGCAUGCUCUAUGUGGCUUGUAGUCGUGGGCACUUGGAUGUGGUGAAGCACCUCUUGAGAAAGUCACAGCUGCUGCUGAUGGAAGAAGACAGUCCGUCUACGUCCCUUCAUGCUGCUGCAGCUGGGGGAUAUACAGACAUUGUUCGAGAACUGUUACAAGAACGCCCGGAUUUCGCACGGAAGUUUGAUGGGAAAGGAUUUACUCCAUUACACUUAGCUUCAAACAAAGGGCAUGCAGAAGCAACAAAAGAGUUUCUAAUGGUUGAUCCAGACCUCUGUUUCCUGAGAGAUAAUGAGGGAAGGAUGCCUUCGCAUUUGGCGGCAAUAGGAGGGAGAGUUUCAGUCCUUAGUGCAAUCAUCUCAACAGACCUGAGGACAGCAUGGAUGCUAACUAAUGAAAGAGAGACUGUCUUACAUUUGAGUGUCAAGAACGACCAGUAUGAAGCAGUGAGGUAUUUGGUGGAGAAGCUAGAUGUGACCAACCUUGUCAACUUCCCUGACAAUGACGGGAAUACCAUCUUGCAUCUUGCAACUGCUAGAAAACUAACCAUGAUGGUGAGGUACCUAGUCAACAAUACCAAUGUAGGGAUCAAUAUCUUGAACCGCAACGGAUUCACAGCUCUCGACAUUGUCAAGGAUGACGUUAGCAAUUCGGGUGCACUCCUGCUUGCAUCAACACUAGUGGGUGCCGGUGGCAAGAGAAGUGCUGAAUUGCCACCUAGAUCUCCUGAAAUACUAAGAACAACCACAAGCUCCCCUUCAAGGCCCUUAUCGUCGCCCAAAAAGGUUCCAAACUCCCCAGCCAGUUCGGUACAACGACGGCGUAAAAUUCACAAGGAAAAGCAGCUAGAGCUCCACACUGAGGGGCUCCAAAAUGCUCGAAACAUAAUUAUAGUGGUUGCUGUUCUAAUUGCCACUGUCACCUUCACCGCUGGUAUCAGCCCACCUGGUGGCGUUUACCAAGGGGGGCAAGGGGACCAAGGGAAGCCAUUAAUCGGAAAGUCAACCAUGGACAGGGUGACAUCUUUCAAGGUCUUCAUGGUCUGCAAUAACAUUGCAUUGUUUCUAUCACUAGGAAUCGUCGUUGUUCUAGUCAGUGUAAUACCUUUCCGGCGUAAAUCAAUGGAGAGACUACUAGCAUGCACUCAUAAGGUCAUGUCAGUUGCUCUGUCUUUCAUGGCAAUGGCAUACAUAGCAGCCACAUGGGCGAUCACUGAACAGUGUAAGGGGACAAGAUGGAUCUUGGCUAGUCUAGUAUCAAUUGGAGGGGGGAUUCUCAUGUCCAUUUUUCUGUUUUUGGGGGUUAUGCUAGUGAGGCGUUGGCUGAGGGAGUCGGAAUGGAGGAAAAUGAAGGAGACGAUGAAAAAAAAUCCAACCAACAGUGACAUCAUAAAAAAGGAAGAGGGGCUGAUUGUGAAUGUGAAUAAAGAGCUCCACACUGAGGGGCUCCAAAAUGCUCGAAACAUAAUUAUAGUGGUUGCUGUUCUAAUUGCCACUGUCACCUUCACUGCUGGUAUCAACCCACCUGGUGGCGUUUACCAAGGGGGGCAAGGGGACCAAGGGAAGCCAUUAAUUGGAAAGUCAACCAUGGACAGGGUGACAUCUUUCAAGGUCUUCAUGGUCUGCAAUAACAUUGCAUUGUUUCUAUCACUAGGAAUCGUCGUUGUUCUAGUCAGUGUAAUACCUUUCCGACGUAAAUCAAUGGAGAGACUACUAGCAUGCACUCAUAAGGUCAUGUCAGUUGCUCUGUCUUUCAUGGCAAUGGCAUACAUAGCAGCCACAUGGGCGAUCACUGAACAGUUGAGGCGUUGGCUGAGGGAGUCGGAAUGGAGGAAAAUGAAGGAGACGAUGAAAAAAAAUCCAACCAACAGUGACAUCAUAAAAAAGGAAGAGGGGCUGAUUGUGAAUGUGAAUAGAGGCAAGGUUUGCAAGCAUUUCGUCAAGAAGACAAACCAAAAAAGAAUCUUUAAGAAGAGCUCCUUUAGAUCAUCAGAACACAAGCAGAGAUAUCUGAUACUUGAGGUGAGGAUAUGGUUAGCAUUCCCACAAGCUGAAUUCAACAAGUGGGUCUCUAUGGUUCAGUAA